AUGCAAGUUGCUAGAGUACGAUAUGAUGCUUUUACUUGUGUAGUCUACUUGCUCAUUAAUGAGUUUAUUGUCAAGAAAUUCAGAAAUUAUCAAAAUGCUUUAAGGCAGGAGUUGAUGUUCAAGCAGCAGAUUAAACAACGGUUCAUACAAACUCAACAGGAUUGUUACUAUACUAUUUUAGCAUUGCUACCAGUUUUGGCUGGUCCAAUAAUAGAUGCUUUACCGGUUGAGCUCAUUACUCAGGCAUUGAGAAUGAAAAAAGGUCAACAAAACCAGUCGCGGCAACAACAACAACAACAGGAACAGCAACAGCAACAGCAACAACAGCAAGUGACUGGCGGUAGUAAUAGCGAAUUGACAGCCGAUAAUCUAAACUUGUUAGAUAACAAUAACGACCCCGAGUCGAAAUUGUCGGUUUAUAUGAACAAGAGCAAAGUUGAGUUGUGGAAUUUAUUGAAAAUCAAGACAAUCACACGUACGCUUACAUUGAUGUAUUCUAUUUCCGGGUUGUUGUUGGUGACAAGGUUACAGUUGAACAUAUUGGCAAGAAGAUCAUACUUGGAGUCUGCUAUAUUGCUUGCAGGCGUCAAGAACCCCAAUAACGAUAUCGACCCUCAUGAAAACUACAUCAUAGAGCAAAGCUAUCUUUCAUUGAGCUGGUGGUUGUUGAAUAAAGGAUGGCAUAAUUUGAGCUUGUUAAUCGAGGCAGUUGUCGUGAAGAAGUUUGAGAAUAUAAACCCAAAAACUGAAUUGGGAGUUGUUGAAUUUGAAAUGGUUUUAUCUGACAUAAUUGGCGAGAUCAAUGCCAACAACAAGGAACACAUCUUGGCCAAUUUGUUCCCUAUUAACUACCCGGAUUUAUUAGAAACAGUUUUAAACACCAAUCCCGAUUUGAUACAUCAUUUGGACAUCCCCGACUCCAACUUGACCAAACUCAUUAACGAAACAAACGCAAUCAUGUUGGACAAUAGCUUAUAUUUCUUUGAUUUGUUGAACUCGCUAAUUAUCACCGAUUUACAAACACUAACUUGUAAUCUUUCGGCGAAUUUGGCUAGUAACAUGUCAAAUAGUUUGGUCAUGUCGGGAACGUUACCGGAACAAAGUGAGAAAAUCACAGAAAUUCCUAUAAAAGCAUUUAAAUUGGCCAGCUUUUUGGCACAGUUAUCGGUACAGAAUGGUAUUAUGGUGAACAAUGAUGAUGUAAGAGACAAUAGAAAUGCAGAUGCAAAUGAUGAUGCAAAUGAUGAUGAUGAUGAUGACGAUAUCAAGGGUAUACUUAAUAGUCUAAACAACAUGGAAGGAUUUGAGAGUAAUAGUGGUAGAGGAGGUUCUCGCUCUGAUGAAUUGAGUGGAAAUGUGUAUAUAAAUACAUUGGAUAACUUGGAGGAAUUGGAUGAUUUUAGUGCAAGUAUAUACUCAAACUUUGAAUAA